AUGAAUUCAAACUUGGCAUACAUUAAUCCUGGUGGGAACCAAGCACGGAAAGUUAAUGCUCUGGAUAUAAAUAUGAUAGCUGCACGGGGCCUGCAGGAAGUCUUGAAAACUAAUUUGGGUCCACGUGGGACCAUGAAAAUGCUCGUUUCGGGUGCUGGGCUAAUAAAAAUUACAAAGGAUGGAAAUACUCUCCUUGGAGAGAUGCAAAUUCAGCACCCAACAGCUGCACUUAUUGCCCGGGCAGCGACUGCGAUCGACGAUAUUACGGGAGAUGGUACUACGAGUACUGUGUUGGUUAUUGGUGAGAUGAUGCGUCAGUGUGAACGCUAUAUUAAUGAGGGAAUACACCCUCGAAUAUUAACAGAGGGCUUACACCUUGCAUGUAAUGAGGCGCUCAAAUUUUUGCAACUCAAUACCGUUAGUAUUCCCAAGGAAGAACAACGUGAAUACUUGACGAAUGCCGCUCGUACUGCGCUUAGUACCAAAGUGAAUCCUUCACUCUCAGAAAUAAUUUCUGAAGCUGUCGUUGAUGCAGUUUAUGCAGUGGCGGAUGAGGAAAAGGGGAUUGAUCUUCAUAUGGUAGAGGUGAUGCACAUGAAGCACCGCCUCGGUUCUGACACUCGAUUUGUAAAUGGACUUGUUUUGGAUCAUGGCGGCCGAAACCCUGAUAUGCCUAAAUAUUUGGAAAACGCCUAUAUUUUAACGUGUAAUGUGUCGCUUGAGUACGAGCGAUCGGAACUCUCAACAGGAUUCUACUACAAGAAUCCGACUGAAAAGGCACGCAUGGUGGAAGCGGAGCGCAAAAUGACCGAUGAUCGAACCAGACAGAUUAUUGAGUUGAAGAGGGAGGUUUGCACUAAGGAAAAUGGUCGGACCUUUGUGGUUAUCAAUCAAAAGGGAAUUGAUCCUAUUGCUUUGGAGAUGUUUGCCAAGGAAGGAAUACUGGCCUUACGACGUGCUAAGCGCCGUAACAUGGAGCGUCUGGUUCUUGCAUGUGGUGGUGAGGCUGUUAAUACGACUGACAACUUGACUCCAGAAGUCCUAGGGGAAGCUGGCCUUAUUCAAGUGCACACACUUGGUGAUGAUACAUACACAUUUGUGGAAAACGCAAAGAAGGGGAAGAGCUGCACGCUACUGAUAAAAGGUCCGAAUGAUCACACCAUUGCUCAGAUCAAGGAUGCUGUCCGCGAUGGUCUCCGGGCAGUCAAGAAUGCAUAUGACUCUUCCGCCGUUAUUGCAGGCGCUGGAGCUUUCGAAGUGGCGCUGCAUGAGCAUUUAUACAAUUUCGCAAAUUCUGUGAGUGGAAAGCAAAAAAUGGGCAUAUCAGCUUACGCGGAUGCUCUCCUUGUUAUUCCGAAGGUACUUGCGGAGAACUCUGGUUUGGACGUCCAAGAAUGCCUCAUUACAUUACAAGAAAAAAGCAGUGUCUCUCGAAAACAGAAUAAAUGGGUUGGACUCAAUUUAGAUACUGGUGAUGAACAGGAUCCAAUCGCGGCUGGUAUUUUGGAUAGCGUUAUCGUAAAGAAGAACUUGCUAGAAUCCAGUGGUGAGAUUGUUGCUCAACUUCUUCUUGUGGAUGAGAUUAUGAAGGCAGGUCGUCGCGGUGCUGGUGGUCCACCGCAAGCAUAA